GAUGUCUCUUGAUUCAAGUUCAGCUGAUCAUGGUGGGCACAGUAACAUAAGAGGGGUUCCAACUCAUGGGGGUCGCUAUGUUCAGUAUAAUGUGCACGGCUCUCUGUUUGAAGUUUCAAGAAAAUAUGUUCCUCCUAUUAGACCUAUUGGUCGUGGAGCUAAUGGAAUGGUUUGUGCUGCUGUGAACUCGGAGACACGUGAGGAAGUAGCUAUUAAGAAGAUUGGGAAUGCAUUUGAUAAUGUAAUAGAUGCCAAAAGAACAUUAAGAGAGAUAAAGCUUCUCAGUCACAUGGAUCAUGAGAAUGUGAUUGCAAUUAAAGAUGUUAUACGGCCUCCUCAAAAGAAGAAUUUUAAUGAUGUGUACAUUGUUUAUGAACUAAUGGACACUGAUCUUCAUCAGAUUAUUCAUUCCAGCCAACAGCUGACUGAUGAACACUGUCGACAUUUUCUGUACCAAAUAUUGCGAGGACUUAAGUACAUUCACUCUGCCAAUAUCUUGCAUCGUGAUUUAAAACCCAGCAAUUUGCUUGUCAAUGCAAAAUGUGACCUAAAGAUUGGAGAUUUUGGGCUAGCAAGGACGACAACUGAGACAGAUUUCAUGAUGGAAUAUUGUGUGACACGCUGGUACCGUGCACCAGAGUUGCUACUAAAUUGUUCAGAAUAUACAUCGGCAAUUGAUAUUUGGUCAGUGGGUUGCAUACUCGGUGAAAUAUUGACAAGACAACCCCUUUUUCCUGGCAGAGAUUACGUACACCAGUUGAGACUUAUCACUGAGCUCAUAGGCUCACCAGAUGAUGCCAGUCUUGGGUUUCUCCGGAGUAAUAAUGCCCGGAGAUACGUUAGACAACUUCCAAGGUACCCAAGGCAACAAUUUGCUGCCAGAUUCCCAAAUUCAUCUCCCCGAGCUGUAGAUUUGCUUGAAAAGAUGCUCGUCUUUGAUCCAAGCAGGCGUAUUACUGCUGAUGAAGCUCUCUGUCACCCAUACUUGGCACCUCUUCAUGAAAUCAACGAGGAACCUGUUUGUCCGAGGCCUUUCAGUUUGGAUUUUGAGCAGCCAUCUCUCACUGAAGAUAAUAUCAAGGAGCUCAUCUGGAGGGAAGCUGCAAAAUUUAAUCCUGAUCCAACUCAUUGAAAGAGACGUGGUUAUAUGAUGUAUACAAUAAGCGUUUGGUGACAUAACUUCUCUAAAAUAGUGUAUUAGAUUUGUAAUGUUCCCCAGUUAAGAUGACUGAAUAAAUAUGGUGGAGCUAUUUGGUUCAAGAAAUUGUUAGUGGCUUAAGUCAGAAACUUAUUCUCUUGUUGUGUUUGGUUUAUUGGUGUUGUAUAAAGAACCUAAAGAGUAGCCUGCAAUCAGUUGGUUCUAAAUACUGACUCCUCCUUGAUGCCAGAUUCUCUCUGGCUUAUAGAACUGAACAUUUUACCUGUUCAAGUGGUUUGACAUAACAUGGAAAAUUGUUCAUGUGAGAAUGGACAGUGAACGAACGAGUUUUGAAGUUGUAUG